AUGGAGAAACCUUUCCCCACCUAUGUCCAAGGUCAGAGCCUUACGUUUCUCGAUUCUUUCGACAAAAUAGCAGAAAAAUUCCCUGAGCGUGACGCAUGUAUAGUCUACCAUGCAAAAGACGUACGCGAGGCUGUGACUUUCUCUGAACUGCGUAAGCAAUCAAUACAGUUUGCUAUCAUGCUGCUCACAAAGGGACUUCGAAAGGGAGAUAUCGUCGGUCUUCUGUCUACCAAUUCUGUGGAUUUUGUCGUUGCCUUCCUUGGCUUGUCUCGCAUAGGGGCCCCUGUGCUGAUGCUACGGUAUGGAAGCACUGCGGAGGAAGUCUGCAGUUUAUUGACAAAACAUGAUUGUAAAGGUUUGGUGGGAAGCAUUUAUUCAGACCGGGAUGCCGAAGUCAUUACAAACAUAGAGCAAAAAAUGUCAAGGGAACACCGAAAUAAUACUUUCAUCGUGAUAAGUCAGAUCCUUCUCGACAAGCGUAGUGCUUUGUGCAGUUCAAAAACUGACGGUGAAAAUACUAAUUUGUCACAUAUUCCCGAAGAAAUGCAUUUUCCCAAGGUAGGGCCAGACGACGCAUGCGCCAUAUUUUUCACCUCCGGAAGUACGGGAGAGCCAAAAGCCAUACAAAAUAACCAUCGUGCUUUUGUUGCCAGAACCCGUAUAAUGCGCGAGUUUUCGUUUACAGAAGCAGCUUCUUUCUUUAAUGACCGCCCGAUGGCGUGGACAGGUGGUGCCUACACAAUACUAAACAUGUGUAUCUUUGGAACAUGCGCAGUCACGAUCAACUCUAACUUCACUGUUGCCAGCGGGGAGGUCGAUUUCGUCAUGACCAUCUUGCGAGAUGAAAAAUGCACGCAUGCCAUUCUAAUGAAUUAUCUUCUUGUGGAUUUCAUGCAUAGCAACAAUCCAAACAACAAACCCUCACAUCUCAAAUAUGUCUUAACUGGCGGACAAAAAGCCGACCACGCAUCGCUGGUCCAUGUUUUAACCGCAUUGCCGACAAUAACACUGGUAUACCUGUAUGGUGUGGGUGAGGCGGGAAUUGUUUUGUAUCAAUGUCAUACUGACACGAGCACGUUAGAUGACGAUGGUUUUAAUAUUCACCAAGGCGCUGACAUUAAGCUAAUUAACAGCAGUGGUGAAACCGUGGAACCUGGGGCAUCGGGAGAGAUUUGCAUUCGCUCACCAGCUCUCUUCGAAGGAUACCACAAUAAUUCUGAAGCAACCAGUAAAGCACGGCUUCCAGACAACUGGUUUCGCUCGGGUGACGUGGGAGUCAAAAGGCAAGAUGGAAGAAUCGUGCUGCUUGGUCGAUCAGAUGAUAUGAUAAAGCGAGCAACUGUAAAGGUCUUUCCCGUCGAAGUCGAGAGAGUCCUUCGUCAACAUCCGUGUAUUAAAGAAGUGGUCGUGGUUGGGGUUCCGGAUCAGCGUCUAUUUGAGGAUCUCUGUGCAUGCAUCAUACCACGUGACCCUAAAGCAUUCGACGAAGCCGACUUCCUCAUUUGGUGUAAAGCACAAUUCUCCGUCGGACCGGAUGGUCUCUCUUUGGCGCCAUCCUACGUUCUUGUAUUUGAUCAGUUUCCAAAGACUAGCACUGGAAAAACCAGCAGGAAGGAUCUGAAAGAGGUGGCUAAAGAGCGAGUGCACAUUGUGUAAGCAAAUAGCGCAGGAUUGUUCAAAGUGCAGAAAUGUGUGCUGUUUAGAAACUGGGAAAUAUAGACUAAUUUUAAUUAAAAUGUCGGAAGCACAAGUUAUGACAUCACCUGGAUCGGACGCAUUUGAGUUGUCAAGCUUUGUCGAAUUUAUGUAGUUUUACUGAAAAAAAAACGAGUGCAUUUUAUAGAUUUACAUGUCAUUCGAAGAACACUUGGGAGUGAAAGACAAAUCUUCUUUAUUUAGGGUUCGACAACACCAUCAACAUUGUACAUGAGCUUUUUGACACCGUUUUCAUAUCUGUAUUCAUUUUAUGAAAUGACAAAAGGUUAAAGUGUAUUAAAGUCACAAGUAACAUAAGACACAUCGUCAAAAGACAACAAAGUCACAACCUAAGUAACAGACGUAAAUAAAAAUGCAUCCCUCCCCACAGCUCGUCUUCAUGGAAACAAUUCAUCGACAGUUAUAGAUAAAUUAUUCCAUCUGUGAAAUAUUAUUGUUAAGCCUAAUGCCUAGAUAUCAAGUAUAAUAACUAAUGUGCUUCUUUUUGCUAUUAUGAUCACGGCAAAACACUUAUCCGGAUGGAAAUCCAUUGUCCCUUGAUAGAUAACAAUAACUAAAUAAUCUUUAAAACGAGGCUUUUGUACGGAGAAUGGACGAUCUGUACAUUGUCAUGUAAAUCAGACAAGCAUUCUGGUGAAAUGUGUUCAGGUAGGACCAUAGUCAGUGCAAAACGGAGAAGAAAGAAGUACCAUGCCACAUGUAGGCCCAACAUACUGACGACGGCAACAAUCUCCUGUACAUAAGAGACGCAUUUGCCAAUAAAGACGUAUGUGGUUUGUGCCAGCUGUGUAAAGACCUGAACGAGUUUCACCAGUGUAAAACGACCAGACAGUGACUCUUAACCACCAUAACGAGGCGGAUGGAUAUGCUUCCUCCUCCAGAGACAUCAGAUUCACUUACGACAUCGCCCGCCUCCAUGUGCCAAGAUUGUCUCGGUUGCCGAAGUUUGUCUUCUGGUUAAUUGCAGGGUUGACGUUUAAUAUGGAAUAUAAUGAUUACUCUCGGUUGUACUAUUCAAAACGUGUAUCAAGUGAUAAAUGGACGUAUCCAGCAUUUUAAUUCAUGAAAUUCUGAACAAGAAAAGAAAGUGGUGGACUAAAGCUAUGUUAAACGUCAACCCUGAUUUAAUAUCCUACAUGUAAAAAGAUACAAAGGAAACCUUUUCGUAAUACACGUUGUGUUCAGUUGAAGGAGACAGCGAUGUGCAUAGUUACAAUAAUCUAAUUAAGGUGUACCCAAGAUUAUAGCAAUUCAAAAAUUAUAUUGACAUUGUUAUGAAACUGGCUAAAUGCGUUUAUUUUUUUGCAGAAUUGCCUUAACGUAUUGAAGCGAUCUUUCUCAACACUGUGAAUAUGAAUAUGCGAUUGUAACGCAUGCUAAGAACCUUUGUUUCUCUGUAUUUUUACACUCUGUGUGUGUGUGUCCAGAGACAGAACCAUAUUUUCAGUGCUGGAGGGGGUCAAUAUGUUAGUUUAAAGAAAUGUUAAACCAGAUGAUGGAUAGAAAAAAAUUCCCGAAAUAAUUUUGUAUUUGUUAAUGCAAUAGGAGAAUAUGUACGGUGUGUUGAUGAUAAGAAAAUGUCCCUACUUGGGCUACGCGCAUUGAGUUCAUUUAAGUGUUGUUCUCAAGUUUUUUUCGCUAUCAGAAGUAGAAAUGGUAAAUGUUUACAAAAAAAUCGGUCAAUUAUAGGCAGUCAUUUAUUCCACAUCUUUUCACUAUUAAAAGGUCGAUGUAGGACUGGCAUUUGUCAUAACCUUUGAGAGAUUUUGAAAAAUCCUUAUCUUAUUGUAGCAUUGUUAUUGAAAGCUCAAUUUGGGUAGGGUUCACAAGUAUACCUAAAAACAAAUGCAGUUUUAUAACCCGCCUUCUUUGGUCAGUCUUGUACAAAUAAAAUAUGAAACAAUUUUAUUGGAAAUUUGCAAAAAAGUAUUCAA